AUGUAUAAAAAGCAUUCCACAGAAAAAUUAGUAAGAAAGAAUGCAUCUCCAACACAUGAAAAAGAGAAUAAUUCUUAUGCUCGUAAAUAUAGUAGAAAACUUUUGAGUAGAUAAAGCAAUAAUGAUGAAUAUGAAAAUGUUAAAGAAAAUAUAUUAACAACAUAUAAUUCUAAUACAAAUACAAUAAAUUAAAGUGAAAGUGUUACACAACUCUAAUAAAUUAUUUAGUAAUAGAAAAGAUAAAUAUAAAAUUUAAAAAUGGGUUGUCCUAGAUGUUUAACUAAAUAAAAUACAGAUCUAGAAUUGAGAAAUAAAAUUUUAGUUUAAAAUAAUUAGAUAUUAUCUUUAUUAUCAAGAGAAACACAAUAAUCAGAUUAUACAGAAUUAUUCAAAAUAAAUUAGAUGUUGUAAUAAUAAAAUGAAGAAUUAAAAUAAAAUAAUGAAAUUUUAAUUUAAAAUCAAUAAGAAAUAUUGUAAGAGAAUUUAAUCUUGAAAAAUUUAUUUGCUGAAACAAGUUAUAAUGUUAAUGCAAAAGAAAAUUCAAGCUGUAAUUUUAUUUAAUUAUCAUUGAUAGAAUUAUUUAGUCUUUCAUAAUCAUAAGGAAGAUUCUCAUCUAUUUUAUAAUUAAACUCUUAAGUUCAAUCUCCAUCACAUGCUAAAUAACAUCAUGAGAAAUUGUUUAACUUAUUAAAAUGAAUUCUGAUUUUAUUAUCCAUAUAUAAUAUUUUAAUUUAUUAUGUUUUUUAAGUAUUACUCUGUCUUAUUUUAGCUUUGCUCGUUUCUUUCCUCAGCAAUAAUAACUGGAUUCAUUGUUAGCUGACCCUGAUUGUGAAUUAGAAACUAUUUUAUCUGCAGAUAAUAUUUUAUAAGAAAUCAAAGGAAUGGGAGCCAAUAAAUUUGCUGAUCAGUAUAUAUUAAAUAAUCAAUUUUAUAGCAUAAUCAAACAUCCUGAAAUGUAUUAAAGAAUGAUUAAUUAUAUAAUUUCUGUAGAUGAUGAACUCAUUGAUAAAAAGACUUAAAUAUAGUAAGUUAAAACAUAAAUAUCAAAGAUACCCAUUCUUAUGCAGUGAAAUUUUAGGCAGUUAAAACUAGAAGUUAUUGGAUUUUUUAUUUGAAAGACCAGAGGAAGGAAUUGAAGCAGAUGCAGAAAUGAUUAGAGUUAGCUUGUAUGAUCAAUUAAUAAGCUUUCUUGAAGAAGAUGUCUUCAAUAUGACAUCUGCAGGCUAUUUUUCUAAAGCAAUCCUUGCAAUUAUUAAAAAACGAGGAUUUGAUGUAUCAUUUAUUCAAAUUUUUAGGUAUGGACUCAAAUUAUUAAUAAUAAACAAAUUUUAUCUAAUUUAAUAAAACACAUAGAUUGUAAACAUAUUGCAGAAAUAAUCGAAAAAUUAAUAAUUUUAGAUACAACUUAAGAAUUUACAGAGGAAACAUAUCUUAAUGAAAGAAAGACAUUACUAUAAAGAAUUAUAAUAUUAAUGCAAAAUAAAUAUUAUUGUUCAGAGAUUGUAGAAAAUAUUUGUGAUAUUUUAAUUGAAAUCACUACCAAAAAUAUGAGUUGUUUAUAUUAUAAUAAUCCUGAUAUUGUUCCAUUUAUUGAUUAAAUUACAAGACCAGAAUUAUUAUUUGAAAUUUCAAUUAAAACUUAAAAACAAUAACCAUUAUAGGUUCUAAUCAAUUUAGUGGAAAUGUCUUCAAAAGAAUCUAAAAAAGAAGAGGAUGAUGAAGUAAUUCACAAUAAUGAGAAAGAUUUCUCAAUUUUUUAAAAUAUUGUACCUGAACUCCCUUAAAAUCUAUUAAGUAAACGAUAUUGUGCUGCUAACUUUUACAAUUCAAAUUAAGAAUAAGUGUAACCAUUUGGACUACAUAAAAUUAUGCUACUAAAGUUAAUUUAAACUUUUGUUCAGUAUAUCUCUAAUAAUUAUUUAUAGAACAAAUGAUAUCACUGUUAUUGAAGCUCUACUAAAUGCAGGUUUAAUUUAAGUGUUAGAAACUAUUUGUAUUUAAUAUCCAUCUAAUAAUCAAAUUCACAUUAUAACAGAAAAGAUCAUAAAAUCUAUUCUAGAUUUAAAUGAUGAAAAAUUAACAGAAAAUGUAUACUUUAUAUAUUAUUUUAGGUCUUUGAGUUUGGUUAGCUUAUUGAAUUUAUUAUUGGAUAUCAUACAGAGUAGAAUGAUAAGAAGGGAUAUUUGGCUCUUUUGACCUCAUUAUCAAAUUAUCUCUUUGAAAAAUCAUAUAACCAGAAUAUUCUAUAGUAUUAUAAAGACAGUAAUAUAUAUAUUAAUUAUAGAUUAACAAUGGAUGAAUUUUGUUAAAAAUAGACUAUUCUAAAUCAAUUAAAAAGAGAAACCUUUUUUAUGUAAUGUAAAUCCAAAAGCCAAAUCAGAAGUUGCAGAUGAUCAAGAAUCUGACAUUAUGUCAAUUUUAUAAGUAAUUAUUAUGAUUAAUAAUAUAGAAAUUCAAUGACUCUUAAUAUGGUUAAUAAAAUUAAGGAGAAUAAUAAGAAUAAGAUAAGGAAACAUAAAAAAAUGAAUAAGAAUUAGAGACUAAUAAUUAAUAAGAUGAUGGAGGAUUAGAAGAUGAUGAGAAUAUAAUGAUGGACAUGAAUGUUGAUUAGGUUUGGAUUGAGGAUAUACUUCAAACAAAAAAGGAGAAUUAAGAUGAUGAAGCUUAAGGAAACUUAAAUUAAAAAUCUUUGUAAUCGACCUCAGAUAAUGAUAAAGAAGUCAUUCACAAAGAUUAUAAUAUUUCAUCUUUAUUUAAUCACAGUUUAUUUUGGAAAAUUGAAUAUGAUGAUAAAGAAACAGAAGAUAUCCUAAAUAAUUAUGCGUGAU